AUGGCUUCGAAUGAUCAGCCAGCACAGCCAGAUUUGGCGUCAAUACUGAGGACCCUUGCUUCAUUAGCACCUCAAACUCAGCCGCAACAAGAUCAGCCUACCGCAUACGGCCAGCCAUCCUCCUUCACUUCUCACUUUCAGCCUUCUCAACAGUCCUGGGUUCCACCUGCUGAACAGGUGUCGUCCAUCCCGCGCUCAACAACGCCAUCCGAACCACCACCUCAGACGAGUGUGGCUGAUCCAUCUACAAUCACUGAAUGGUCGGCUGGUCUAAAAUGUGUGAUGAGAACUGUAGUGAAGCAUGAAAGUAUCCUCAACGACAUUCGGAAAAUGAUGAAGAAUCAACGUGAUCAUGAGGAAGAGUGGUGGAAUGGGAGACAGAACUUGGUUGAGAAGCAGAAGGCAAGAAAGGAAGGCCAGCAGAAACUUGAUGAUGUGUUAAAAGCAGUUGGUGGUGCCGUCACACCUGGGUUUGCGAGCAAUCAUUCCGACGACCAUACCAAAGAGCUCAAGACUUUCGAUAUGAAGGUCUACAAAGCCCAGAUGCAAAUGGUAAAAGAGAUGACUGCCAAGUUGCGAAGCCUUGGGGUUCCUUUCUUUGGAACCCGGUCAGACUUGGUCAUUCCAAAUGGGAAGGAGGCAAAUGCAGUGAGUGGAACAGCUGAUCGAAAGGACGAAAAAGGAACGAUUGACGAGAUCGAAUUGAUGAAGUUGCAGCGGAAGAUGCUCAUAAUCCUUGAGGAUCUCUGUAGCGAUUGA